AUGAUUGUUAGGAUAUGUUUUGUUUUUAUGAUUGGAUUAAAUACAAGUCAAGCUGGUCAAGGUCAAUUAAAAGUUGAAUUAAUUCAACCACAAAAUUCAAAAAAUCUUUCUCGGUGUCUUAUACAAGAAUUAAAAUCUCAUGAAUAUCUUAUACAAUAUAUUCCAAAUGAACCUGGUCGUUAUCAACUAUGUAUUUUAUUUAAUAAUCAACUUAUACAAGGAAAAACAUUUGAUACUGAUGUUUAUCUUUCAUUACCACAAAUAUCAAAACCAAAUACACCAUUAUCAUCAUCAUCAACAUCAAUUGCUCAUAUUCAACAAAUUAUUCCUAAUAAUAUUCCAGAAAUUGGUGAUCAUAUUUGUUUACAAAUCAAUACAGAAAAUUCUUCAAUAUCAUCAAUUCAAAGUCAAAUAUUAUAUAAUGGAAUGUCUGUUCCACAUAAAAUUGAACGAACAAAAGAUUUACAUAUUUGGCAUUUAAAAUUUCGACCUUAUGUACCUGGUACUUAUAGAAUACAUUUAGCUUAUAAUGGAUUAUCUUUAAUAAGUUCUCCAUAUAUAAUUCAAGUAAAAGAUACUAGUGGAAAAGUAAUUCUUUCCGGUCUUGAACAAACAUUGUUAACGAAUUCUCCAUGUGUAAUACAAGUUCAUGCUGAAUCAGCAACGAAUGCACAAAUACGUGUUAUUGUACUUCUUGGUAAUCGUCAAAUUCCAUCAACAACAACAAUUAUUAAUGAUAAUCUUGUUCGAAUUCAUUUCGUUCCACAAGAACCUGGUAUUUAUACUGUUCAUGUUUCAUGUGCUAAUCAACCAAUUGAAGGUUCACCAUUUUCAAUUCGUGUUGAACGACCACGUGCUAUUCAAAUAUCUGGUGAAUGUUUUCAUCGUUUACGUUUAAAUGAUCUUGGAUUAUUUCGUAUUCAUUGUCAUGGACAACGAGGACCAAUUCAAACAAAAAUUUUUAAUCUUUCUGCUGGUGAUCGUUAUGAUAUUGGACAAACAAUAUCAUUUCAAUUACAUGAUACAUAUGAACAAUUAAUACAAUUUCCAGCACAAAUUUUAUUAACAUCAUUUAAUAUAUCACUUGCAACAAGAUUAAAAAUAACACAAGAACGAAUACGAAAUGUUACACUUGCCAAAGAAAAUGGACGUGCAACCGUAUCAUUUCAAUUAUAUGAAAUUCCAACACAAACAAUUACAAAUGAACAAGUUAUACAACAUUUAAGACAUUUAAUUAAUAAUCAAAUAUUAAAUUUACUUGAUCCUAAUCGUUGUAUAUUAAAUACAAUUAUUGGAUCAGUAGUUGUCGGUCCAAAAGGUGAACCAGUAAAUGUAAAAUUAUUUCCACAAGCAAGUGGAGAUUAUACUGGUGAAUUUACACCAAUAAAAAUUGGUCAACAUCGUAUUGAUAUAACAUUUGCUAAUACACCUGUACAAGGUAGUCCAUUUUUUACAGAAGUUUAUGAUCCAUCACAAGUUCGUAUUGGUCCAUUACCACGAGAUAUAAUUGUUAAUACAGAAAAUACAUUUGAAAUUAAUUUGGAUAAUGCUGGUAAUGUACCAAUAGAUAUUAAAAUUUCAUCACCAACAGGUGUUAAUGUUCCGCUUAAAAUUGAUGAUGCAUCAUUUCGAUCAACAGUUAAAAAAGUACGUUUUACACCAAAUGAAACAGGUGUACAUUAUUUAAAUGCAAAAUUUGGUUCCGAAAUAAUACCAGGUACACCAAUUAAAAUGAUGGUUAAUGAUGCUCGUUUAGUAACAGCAUAUGGUGAUGGAAUUCAUCAUGCAUUACAUGAAAAAUUAGCAACAUUUAUGAUUGAUACACAAGAUAUGCAAGGCGAUUUAAAAGUUCGUAUUGAAGGAUCAAAUUCAGUUAUUAAAAAUACACUUGAACGAUUAAAUGAUAAUCGUUUUAAAGUAACAUAUGUACCAGUUGAAGUUGGAUUUGUUACUAUAAGUAUAAAAUGGAAUGGAAAAGAUAUUGCUAAUAGUCCAUUUAAAGCUGCAGUUACUAAUCCAGAACGUGUUCGAAUUGUUGGAGGUUGGCAAUCAAUACUUGAUUCUGAAGAUCGUAUGCAUAUUAUAAUUAAUGAAGAAAAGAAAAUACGUUUUGAUACAUCUCAUGCUGGACCAGGUACUUUAAAAGCUGAUAUUCGAGGUAGUACUGAUGGUCUUCGUAUACCAUUACGUAUUGAUCAACAAGGUGCAAUAUAUACACUUAGUUUUACUGUAAUACGAGAAGGAAAAUAUGAUAUAACAAUAACUUAUGAUCAAAAUCCAUUACCAGAUAUGCCUAUUCGAGCUAUUGCAAGUUCAGCAAGUACAAAUUUAGGUGAACAUUUAAAAGUUGAAGUACGUGGACAUGGUUCAUAUGAAGCAAAAGUUAAUGAAGAAGCUGAAUUUACUAUUGAUGCAUCAAAAACUUCAACACAAGGUACUGGUAUGCCUAUUGUACGAUUAACUGGUGUACAAGCAGAUGUUGAAGUUCGAAUUCGACAAAUUGAAAAUAAUGUUUUUCUUUGUUCUUAUGUACCAACAAUACCAGGUGCCUAUUUAUUAAGUAUAACAUGGGCCGAACGACAAAUUCGUGGAUCACCAUUUAAAGUUAAUGUUUUAUCAAAUACAAAUUCUAAUCAGUCAGCAUCUCGAGUCAUCUGUUCAGGUGAUGGUUUAAAAAUGGGUAUAUUAGGUAAAGAAAUCAAAUGUAUCAUUGAUACACGUGGUGCUGGUCCAGGAGAAUUAACAGCUUAUUGUCAAGGAGUAAAUAAAACAGCAUUUUGUCGUUUAUUUGAUCAUCGUGAUGGUACAUUUACAUUAUUUAUUAAACCACAAGAAAGUGGAAGACAUAUAUUGACAAUUAAAUAUAAUGAUGAAGAUGUAUCUGGUAGUCCAUAUACACUUAAAGUUAGUGGUCCACCUGAUGCAAAUAAGGUACGUGUUUCUGGUCCAGGUAUUGAACAUGGUGUUCUAUCAACAUUUCAAUCACAUUUUAUUUGUGAAACAAAAGGAGCAGGUGCUGGACAAUUAACAGUGAAAAUUCGUGGUCCAAAAGGUGCUUUUCGUGUUGAAAUGCAACGUGAACAUUUACAAGAUCGUACAAUAAUAUGUCGAUAUAAUCCAACAGAACCCGGCGAUUAUCUUAUAUCCGUUAAAUGGAGUGAUGAACAUGUGUUUGGUUCACCAUUUCAUACACAUAUUUUCGAACGACAAGAAGAAUUAGAUCGAUUUUUACAUGAACAAAAUGCUUAUCGUCUAGCACAAAAACAAUGGAGAGAGGAAGUUUGA